AUGGAGCCUUUUCAUAUUGCUAGUUCGUAUGAUGAGCAUGACGAGUCUCUCUCCAAACUACUCGACACGGGCGCGUACUCCGAUCUCACAAUCACCUGUGGUACAGAUACUCAUGCAGUCCACAAAGCGAUCGUCUGUACCAGAUCCCCCUUCUUCGCCGCUGCCUGUGAUGGCGAGUCCAAGAAGGCAAAGACUGGCAUUAUUGACCUUCCCGACGAUGACCCUGUAGCUGUCAAAAUGGUGAUCCGAUACUUCUACCUCAAAAACUAUGUUCCUCAAGAGGCGCCUGUUGCCCCCAAUCCAACCAAACGCUCCAUCCAGCAAAAAAAAAAACAAUGCGGCCAGGAUAAUUCCCCGUUUGGAGGGACUCCUUCUCCGGGUUUUUCUUCUGGUUCUUCAGCUUUAGUCUUCGGUGUAUCCCCGCAGUCAGCUCCCACUCAGUCUGGUGGUCAAGGCUCUGGCAGUAUUAGAUCCCGUACUUCUCCGCCACCACCAUCGAAUCUCGUUCUACAUGCCAAGGUCUACGCGCUGGGCGAGAAAUACGACAUCAAAGGCCUCAAGGCCCUGGCUCUCUCCAAGUUCAAGCACGAAGCUGCACACCACCACCAUAGCGAGUCGUUCAUACUUGCUGCGAAGCAUGUCUACACCUCGACUAUCAAGCAAGAUUGGGGAAUGCGCAACGCUGUUACCAUUACGAUUCAGUUGAACGUCGAUUUGCUGGAGAACAAACAGUUGCAAUAUGUCAUCAAGAACACUGAUCUGGGGUGGAGACUUCUCAUGGGGCUCACUGGGACCAAACGUGCAGAGUUGAAACGAGGAGCGCCUUCCUGGUAA